UCAAAUUCAACCACUCCUUCCUUCUCAAAACCCUCUCCGAGAUCGGAAAAGUCCAACUCCUCCGGCCUCCCAGAUUCGCCGUAACCGUUACGGAAUUUCCCAUUAUAUAAAUAUAAUCCAUUAUUCACAACCCACGAAUAAAAUACCACACUUUACUUGGUCAGAGAGACUCUCUCUCUCUCUCUCUCUCGCGCGCGCCUAGAGCGGGCCAGCAUGGACCAAGGCGGCCCAGCCCACGUCGCCGCCGCGGGCGGCGGAGGAGGUCAGGUCGGGGUUCGGAUCCACCAAGCCCGAAGGCUGCCGGAUUUCCUCCAGAGCGUGAAUCUCAAGUACGUGAAAUUAGGCUACCAUUAUCUCAUCUCCAAUCUCUUGACCUUGUGCUUCAUCCCCUUAAUCAUCGUCACCUUAAUCGAGGCCUCCCAAAUGGACCUCCACGACCUCCGCCACCUGUGGCUCCACCUCCAGUACAACCUCGUCAGCGUCAUCAUCUGCUCCGCCGUCCUCGUCUUCGGGUUGACCGUAUACAUCAUGACCCGGCCCAGGCCCAUUUACCUCGUCGAUUACUCCUGCUACCGCCCUCCCGACCACCUCAAGGCCCCCCACCAGCGCUUCAUGGACCACUCCCGCCUCACCAACGACUUCGACGACUCCUCGCUCGAGUUCCAGCGCAAGAUUCUCGAGCGCUCCGGCCUCGGAGAAGAGACCUACGUCCCCGAAGCGAUGCACCACAUCCCUCCCCGGCCGUCCAUGGCGGCGGCCAGGGAAGAGGCCGAGCAGGUUAUGUACGGCGCCCUGGAUAAUCUGUUUGCAAGUACCAAUGUCAAGCCCAAGGAUAUUGGGAUUCUUGUUGUCAACUGCAGCCUGUUUAACCCGACGCCGUCGCUGUCGGCGAUGAUUGUGAAUAAGUAUAAGCUGAGGGGGAACAUUAGGAGCUUCAAUUUGGGAGGGAUGGGUUGCAGUGCUGGGGUUAUAGCUGUUGAUCUUGCUAAGGACUUGUUGCAGAUUCAUAGGAAUACUUAUGCUGUUGUGGUCAGUACUGAGAACAUUACUCAGAAUUGGUAUUUUGGGAAUAAGAAGUCUAUGUUGAUUCCCAAUUGCUUGUUUCGAGUUGGGGGCUCGGCGGUUUUGCUGUCCAAUAAGUCUGUGGAUAGGAGGAGGGCCAAGUACACGCUUGUUCAUGUUGUGAGGACUCAUCGCGGUGCCGAUGACAAGGCGUUUCGGUGUGUUUAUCAGGAGCAGGAUGAUAAGGGCAAGACUGGUGUUUCUUUGUCCAAAGAUUUGAUGGCCAUUGCCGGUGGGGCGCUCAAGACUAACAUAACUACUUUGGGACCUAUUGUGCUUCCGAUAAGCGAGCAGCUGCUUUUCUUUUCUUCUCUUGUGGUUAAGAAGCUGUUGAAUGGGGAUGUCAAGCCGUAUAUCCCCGAUUUCAAGCUCGCAUUUGAUCAUUUCUGCAUACAUGCUGGCGGAAGGGCUGUGAUUGAUGAGCUGGAGAAGAACCUGCAGUUGUUGCCAAUACAUGUGGAGGCUUCUCGGAUGACUCUACACCGGUUUGGCAAUACUUCGUCCAGCUCCAUUUGGUAUGAGUUGGCCUAUACAGAGGCCAAAGGGAGGAUGCGCAAGGGCAACCGUGUCUGGCAGAUUGCCUUUGGUAGUGGUUUCAAAUGCAACAGUGCAGUCUGGGAGGCUCUGCGGAAUGUGAAGCCAUCUCAUAAUGGUCCUUGGGAGGACAGCAUUGACAAGUACCCCGUGAAACUAGUUUCGUAGCUCAAUAGCAUUCUGGUUAGACUCUCCAUUCAGGGUACUAUCUUGCAUUUUUCUUUCUCUCAGUUUUUGAUGUUGUACUCUAUUCUGUUUUAUUGUAUGUCAAGUCUGAUGUCAAAUUGUGGCUUUUCUCUGCUCGAGUUCAGCAUUUGUUGCAUUGGUGAUUCGUAGCAAGAUAAAUCCUUCAGAAAUUACCAUUUUGGAUGGUCUUGUAUCUCUCUACUUUUUAUGUCUAGGUAUAGAGAGUUUAGCUUUGUAUAAGAAGUUUAUAGUAAAUAAAAUGGAAAUAAAAUCUAUUCAUUCA